AACCAAAAACAGUAUCAGUGUUGUUGUUAGCUCUUGCUUUUGAAAAAAAAAGCAGAACAGAGUGUGUCUGUCUCCAUCUCUCUCUCUAUGCACCUUGGAACCAUCUCUUCUUUUUCACUCUCCACCCUUCCCUCACUUCAACUUUAUUUGCCUCUGAUCGCCAAAGGAACCAGGCACUGGAAAAAGUGCUGCGUGUGAGUUGACAACAGGUUCUUUGGAAGAAAUGGGUAGUACGAAUUCGGGGUUGAAUUUGCAAAUUUUCAUAGUGUCCGUGUUGAUUUUCACUGCAACUUUCUGUGGUGGAGACACUGACCCACUUGAUGUUGCGGCGAUUAAUAGUUUGUAUGUGGCUCUUGGCUCACCACCCCUUGAGGGUUGGAAAGCCGAAGGAGGAGAUCCAUGUUUGGAACAAUGGCAAGGUGUGAGUUGUGUCUUCUCCAACAUAACUGCCUUACAGCUGGGAGGCAUGAAUUUAAGUGGACAGCUGGGAAGUAAUUUGGAUUUCCCAUCCAUCAUAGAAAUGGAUCUUAGCAACAACCAGAUUGGAGGGACCAUUCCAUCCACUUUGUCCCCUACAUUGAGGAAUUUGUCUUUGUCAGCUAAUCAGUUAAAUGGAAGCAUACCAGAUGCCUUAUCCUCACUAACUCAAUUGUCAGACUUGUCAUUAAAAAAUAACCAUCUAGAUGGACAAAUCCCAGAUGCGUUUCUACAGCUCACUGGUUUGAUGAAUAUGGAUCUGUCUGGCAACAACUUGAGUGGUCAGCUGCCUCCCUCAAUGGAGAAUUUGUCAUCUCUUACCACAUUACACUUGCAGAACAACCAACUUUCUGGGAUCCUUUUUGUUUUGCAGGAUCUCCCUCUUCAGGAUCUGAACAUAGAGAACAAUAUAUUCUCUGGGCCAAUUCCUCCAGAGUUGUUGAGUAUACCUAAUUUCAGAAAGGAUGGGAAUCCAUUUAAUACUACUAUCAUUCCAUCACCGCCAGCUGCUUCCCCUGCACCUGUUGCUAUGGCUCCUUCCCCAGAAAAAUCACCUGGGAAAGCGGCAAAUAAUCCCCCUGCUACAAGAAAAGCACCAGCACCAAUACCUGCAAUUGCUGAGACGUCUUUCAAAACUAAGAAAUUAGUUUGGAUUGUUGGUUCAGGCUUUUUAAUAUUUGUUGCAUUAGGAGUUUGUUUUCUAAUGUUGUGUUAUUUUAAGAGAAGACCAGGGAACAAGAGUUAUAAGAAACACAACAUGAAUGCAUAUGAACGAUCUUUAGAAAAACGUACAUGCAGUGACUCCCCUUUUGAUGCACCUAAUGAUGAGGAGAAAGGAUGGGGUUCCAAACUUCCACCCCUGCAGCCAGCACCACCACAUCAACUUCCAAUCAUUCCUGGGGAGAAUUUAAUCAUCAAUCAAGCUAUAUCUACCAAAUCAUCUGAAAGACAAAUUAUAACAAAUUCCAUCAAAGUUUAUUCUGUUGCAUCACUUCAGCAGUACACAAAUAGUUUUUCUCAUGAUAAUUAUAUUGGGGAAGGCACACUUGGCCCUGUUUAUAAGGCUGAACUACCUGAUGGAAAGUUUCUGGCAGUUAGGAAGCUGAAUGCUACUGCUUGCAUGGGACAAAACCAUGAACAGUUUCUUCAAUUAGCUUCCAGUAUCUCCAAAAUUCAACAUGCUAAUAUUGUAAAGCUUAUGGGCUACUGUGCUGAGUAUAGCCAACGACUACUUGUAUAUGAGUAUUGCAGUAGUGGGACCCUACAUGACUCAUUGCAUACAGAUGAUAAAUUUCAGAUUAAACUUUCAUGGGAUAAUCGCAUUCAGGUGUCACUUGGAGCAGCAAGAGCUUUAGAGUAUUUGCAUGAGCACUGUCAGCCACCUAUUGUGCACCGAAACUUUAGGUCUGCUAAUAUACUUCUCAAUGACAAGUUGGAAGUGCGUGUCUCUGAUUGUGGAUUAGGUUCUUUACUAUCUUCAGGCUCUGUUAGUCAGUUGUCAGGACGCCACCUCAUAGCUAAUGGUUACAGUGCCCCAGAAUUCGAGUAUGGAAGCUAUAUAAUGCAAAGCGAUGUCUUUAGUUUUGGAGUUGUAAUGCUAGAACUCCUCACUGGACGAAAAUCCUAUGACAGCUCACGGCCUCUUGGAGAGCAAUUUUUGGUGAGAUGGGCAGUCCCUCAACUCCAUGACAUAGAUGCAUUAUCAAGUAUGGUUGAUCCCUCCUUAAAUGGAACAUAUCCUAAGAAAUCAUUGUCACGUUUUGCAGACAUUAUUUCUUCAUGUAUACAGCAUGAACCUGAAUUUCGACCAGCAAUGUCAGAAAUUGUUCAGGAUCUCUUGCGAAUGAUGUAGAGGGUCGUGUAGCUAUUAAUGAGGUGAUGAACUGCCUUAGCUAGUAAAAGAAGCUAUGGUCACUAAAUUUUAUGAAUGUUACAUAUUCAUUCUUUAAUUUAUUUUUUCGGAGUGACAUCAAUCGUUUCGUUACGUGUGAAUUAUGCUUACUAAUGUGAUUUUAUUGAAUUUGUGCUGUAUUAUGCACACACAAACAAACACAACGCAUCUGAUUCACCGGAA